AUGAAGCGAGUCCUUUCUCUCCUGAGCCUCUUGGUGGCCUUUGGAUUCCCACCAGCAACCGAAUCUUCCUCAGAAGGUAACACAACAAACCCUAAAUUGACUGGUCCCGACAUUUUAUUCAGCAUCAACACAGCCAAGCGGUUGGUGGAUCAAGCAUACAAGUUGUACCGGGAGAGAGCAAAGGAGAACUUGAGAAAGCCCCAUCUCACCCCCUCCGAUUUCCUGAGACAUUUAAAGGAACCAGUGGCGGGGACCAGGAAUGCAAUCCGGGCGGCGAGUUACAUGGAAACGGCAUUGGAUCUCCUGAGGAAGAAACUGCAGAAGGUCUGGCACCGUCAGUUCAACAUAACAGAUGUGCUAAGCAUCAAGCAGAAAGAUAUGAUCACCAGAGCCACUGGCUGUGACUAUCUGAUCCGCCCAGUCCGGUGCCCACGAAACAGCCCUUAUCGGACCAUCACAGGAGAAUGCAACAAUUGGAAGCACCCUCAUUUUGGUAUGUCUAACCACGGCUAUGCCCGCUGGCUCCCAGCAGAGUAUGAGGAUGCUGUGUCUCUUCCCAAGGGUCUCAUCCAGGGCCAGCUUUAUCAUGGACACCCCCUCCCACUGGUGCGGCAGGUAUCCAACGAGAUCAUUGCCACCUCCAACGAGAAGAUCACGGACGACCAGGAGCGCUCGCUGGCGUUCAUGCACUGGGGCCAGUGGGUCGACCAUGACAUGGACUUAGCCCCCAUGACUGAAACCAGCAUCCAGAACCAGGACGUCCACUGCGACACCAGCUGCAAUUAUGCGCCCCCCUGCUUCCCGAUUAAGAUUCCACCUGGAGACCCGCGGAUUAAAAAGCCAGGCGUCUGCAUGCCUUUCAUCCGGACCACGCCUGUUUGCAGCCCCACGACGUUCAUCCGCGAGCAGCUCAAUGCUAUCACGUCCUUUCUGGAUGCCAGCAUGGUGUAUGGGAGUGAGGAGCCUUUGGCAAGAAGCCUCCGGAACCAAAGCAACUCUCUGGGUUUAAUGGCGGUCAACCAGAACUUCACAGACGCUGGUCUGGACCUUCUUCCUUUCGAGAGAAAUUCAAACAGCCUCUGCCUCUUCACAAACAGAACUGCCAACAUCCCAUGUUUCGAAGCAGGGGAUAAACGUGUCACUGAAAAUCUGGGGCUGUCAGCUCUCCACACCCUCUUUGUCCGGGAGCAUAACCGAUUGGCCAGGGAGCUGAAGGCGCUGAACCCCCACUGGGAUGGGGAAAAGAUCUAUCAGGAAGUUCGGAAGAUUAUUGGGGCAGUGAAUCAGGUGAUCACCUUCAGAGACUACCUGCCCCUUGUCUUGGGCAAUGAGACGAACAAGCAGCUGCCUUUGUACAGAGGCUACAAUGACUCUGAGGACCCCACUGUCUCAAAUGUGUUCUCCAUGGCCUUCCGGUUUGGACAUGGUUCUGUUCCUCCGUUUGUGCCCCGCCUGGACCAAAACUUCAAGCCCCUUGUCCCAUAUUCCAAUGUCCUUCUUCAUCUCACCUUCUCUGCUUCAUGGAGAAUUGUAAUGGAAGGCGGCAUUGACCCUCUUCUCCGCGGCCUCCUGGCCAAUCAUUCCAAGCUGAUGAAGCAGAACCAGAUGAUUGUGGAGGAGCUCCAGGAGAGACUCUUUGAGCAGCUUGAGCUCAUUGGCCUUGAUCUGGCAUCCCUGAACCUCCAGCGGGGGAGAGACCACGGCCUACCAGGGUACAAUGCCUGGAGGCGGUUCUGCGGCCUCUCUGAGCCCCGCGACGAGGCCGAGCUCGCUGCCGUGAUGGGCAAUUCCCAGCUGGCAAAGAAGUUCAUCGACCUUUACGGGACACCAGAGAACAUUGACAUCUGGAUCGGGGCCCUGGCUGAGCCCUUCGUCCCCCAUGGGAGGGUCGGGCCCCUCCUGGCGUGCCUCAUCGGGACCCAGUUCCGGAAAACCCGGGAUGGAGACAGAUUCUGGUGGGAGAACCCUGGGGUAUUCACCCCCUGGCAGCAGCGGGUUCUGAGCGGCGCCUCGCUCUCCCGCAUCAUUUGUGACAACACCCACAUCCAGGAGGUGCCCCACGAUGUUUUCAAGAUGAACCACUACCCGAGCGGUUUCGUGAACUGCUGCAAAAUUGGACGACUGGAUUUGUCUGCUUGGAAAGAAUAG